UCACACAACUUCCUUUUUUAGUCUGUCACUCUCACUCUCACUCUCUCUCUUAUCACAUAUCAAAGCAUUAUUGCUUUUGUUUAUUCCUAUUUAUAUAUUAGUAAGUGUUGCGCGCAGGUCCAAGUUGUAGUCGUCCUGAAUCUGGAGUUUUUUUUUUUUUUGUUUUAUGAUGGAGAAUAGUAAGACGACUGCAGGGUUUUCUUCUCCAAGAAGUGAUAAUUUCCCCGCUGGUUUACGGGUUCUUGUUGUUGAUGAUGAUCCUACCUGGUUGAAAAUUCUUGAAAAGAUGCUUAAGAAGUGCUCUUAUGAAGUGACGACAAGUGGUCUAGCACGAGAGGCUCUGAAUCUGCUCCGAGAAAGAAAGGAUGGGUUUGACAUUGUGAUUAGUGAUGUUAACAUGCCUGACAUGGAUGGAUUUAAGCUUCUUGAGCAUGUUGGACUUGAGAUGGAUCUUCCUGUCAUAAUGAUGUCUGUCGAUGGAGAAACAAGCAGGGUAAUGAAGGGCGUUCAACACGGCGCAUGUGAUUAUCUCUUAAAGCCUAUACGGAUGAAAGAACUUAGAAACAUAUGGCAGCAUGUCCUCAGAAAAAGGAUGCAUGAGGCAAGGGACAUCGGAAACCAUGAAAUGGACCAAUUUGAUGAAGUGUGGAUGCUUAAUGGAACUGAACUCCUUUCGGGCAAGAAGAGAAAAGAUUUUGACAAUGAAAAAGAAACUUCUGAUUCAAGAUGUGUUGAUUCUUCUUCCAUGAAGAAAGCCAGAGUAGUUUGGACUGUAGAUCUUCAUCAGAAAUUUGUCAAAGCCGUAAACCAGAUUGGAUUUGACAAAGCUGGUCCCAAGAAGAUACUGGACUUGAUGGGUGUUCCAUGGUUGACUAGAGAAAAUGUUGCUAGCCACUUACAGAAGUAUCGCCUAUACUUGACUAGGUUGCAGAAAGAAAAUGAAGUCAAAGCUUCAUUUUGUGGGAUGAAGCAUCCGAAUGUUUCUUCUAAAGAAAAUUCUCCUCAGAAUCCAGUGGAUGUGUGCACUGAUGUUAUAAAUGACAAGUGUAGUGGUGUUUCUGGAGACGAGGCUAUUGUUCAAAAUGGGAAGGCCAACAUAUAUGAGAGCAAGGUAAAGGGUGUUGUUUCAAUGCCAGUAACAGAGCCUAGGUCUGUGGUUGGAGAUAACAUUGGUUCAAAGACAAGCCUCAGUGAUCCCUUUGGAUUGAUCAAUACCGAUGUAAAAAGUCUCAAUUGCUUUACUGGAGAAGCUCCACAACCUCAAUACAAACAAGAUUUCAAACCACGUUUUCCGUCAGAAAAUGGGCUAAGUAAUCAGCCACUGCCUGGGAUGGAUUGCACACAACCAACUUGUUCUCUCAACCUUGUACCUUCUCAUGAAGUGAGGGACAGAGUUUCCAGUAAAGAAAAUAAGCCUUCUUUCUUCAAGAGCAUAAGUGGACUAGGGAAAUUAUCUGCAUUGGAAGCCAUUCAACCUGUGAGCCAUCAAAUAAAUUUUCAUGCCCUUGAGCAAAUUCCAACUACUACAUGGAGUAUGACGAGUCAAAAUGUAGAUCAAAAUCUAGUCAAUGCUCUGCAAUCAACCCCAGGAAAUCUAGGUGAGGAUGCUUCUAUUCAAGGUGAAUGUUUUCCAGCUUAUAAUGGUCUCUGGAACAUACAACAGUUUGACUACAAUGAUCCACAACCCAUUUCUGGAGGUCCAACAUGCUUGUAUGAUACAUUGAGGUUUGAUUAUGAGUAUCCAAAUGAUUCAUUGGAAGGUGUUGUGUUGGACCAAGGUCUGUUCAUAGUCUAACCUUUACCCGUUUGGGAAUCUUUAGAUGGUAGACAUAUGCAUUGCUCAUCAACGACAGGCACACAAAAAUGUACUUUGCGAGCAUCGGCAAAUCUUCUUGAACACAACUUACUCUUUUAUCUGGUAUUGUAAGUAGAUUUAGAAAGGGUCAGCAUGCAAGUGUGCUCAUCCUCUUUUUUCUUUUCAUCUUCUUUUUUUUUUUCUUGUAAAAAGAGGGUUAUAGUCUAUGAGAUUGGAACCCUUGUGCGAGGUGGAGUUGCAACUA